AUGCACUUUACAUACAAAAAAAGAAAUUCAACGUUCAAGAGAAGACAAAGUACUUCUCAAAGACAAGAAAUUCAAUUUAACUUUAGAAAAAGAAAAGAUAAAGAUGAAAAUGAGAAUGAUACAUCUUUGACAACAUCAACAACAAAUGAAACGGAAACUGUAAAUAAUAUUAAUAAUAAUGAUGGUGCUAGUGUCAAUGAUGAUAAUGAUAUUGAUUUGACAUCAACAACAACAACAACAACAACUACUUCGACUACUACAACUACAACAAACGAAUCAAAUCAAAAGAUAGUAGUAGAAGAUCCUGUUGUUGUUGAGGAAGAUGAAAAAAAUAAUACAUCAGUUGAACAAAUGGAGAAUGUUGAAAAGAAUCUUAGUCAAUUCAAGAUUGAAUCACCAUCACAAGAAUUAAAACUUAAACUAAAGACUCAUGGUAAUGAUGGUGAUGGUAUGGACAAUGAUCAUGACAAAGAGACAUCAUCAUCAUCAUCAUCUAUCUUGGAAAAUGAUAAUGAUGAAAUAGUAGUGGAUCAAGCAAACUCUUUGAUAUCACCAUCAAAGUCUAUACCAUUCCAAUCAAUGAUUGAAUCAGUUACUGGUAAUAAUGCAAUGAUGCUUUCACCAUCAUCUCCUACAACACCUGGUUCUUUAUUGUAUAGUUCAUCCAACAGUACUAGCAGUAGUGUUACUACCACUAGUAGUAGUUCAAUAUCAUCUCCAUCAAAACCAUCAUCAUCAACUGUCCUUCCACAAUUGACACCAAAACAACAUAAAAAGAAAAUUAAAACAAUUCAUAUGGAUGAUUCACCUUCAUCAACUAGUUUAAAUCAACAAUUAAUCGAACAACAAGAAAAAGAAAAAGAAGAAAAAGAGGAAGAGUUGGAAAAGAUAGAAAUCAUUGAACAACCAGUCGAACCACCAAAAGUUGAAUCACCACCAAAACCAGUUGUCAAAGUAAACAUUACCAAAGAGAAAAAAGAAAUUAUAGAUAUUUUUAGAAGUACAAUUUCAACACAAUUAAAUAAUACUCCAUCCCAAUUUAAACCUUUUGUUAGGGAAAUAUGUAAAAAUUUUACAAUCGAAAUAUCAAAGUUGACAAUACCAAAAAUUAAAGAUAUUAAUAAUCAACAUUUAUUAGAGAUUGUAAAACUUUCACCGCCUCCUCCUACUCCUACACCUACUCCAACCCCUUCAACUGCUGUUGAUCAAAUAGAUCAACAUAAAAUAUUUAUUUACAAGAAUAUGAAAAAUUUGGAAAUGGAAAUGAGAAUUAAUACUCUUAAAACUUUGUUGGAACGAUGGAAACGAGAAGAGAAACAAUGGAGUUUAAUCAUAUCGGAGUAUUUAAAUAAUGGUAAAGAUAAUAUUAUUGAAAAAACUCCUUCACGACCUACCAAUAGAACCAAUAAUCCAAUUGGUAUUAAUUCCACUGCAAAGAAACAACAACCACCACCAUCAUCUGUACAAAAGAAAGAAAAUAAUAAUAAUUCAAACAAUAUCAUCCCAUUUAAUCUUUUUACUCCUAUUAAAAUUGAUAAUAUCAAGGAUCAAAAAGAAAAAGAAAAAGAAAAACAACAACAACAACAACAACAACAAGAGUUGGUUCAACAACCAGAUUCAAAUAUUCAAAAAAUUAAAAAUGAUUUGUUAAAAUUGUCCAUUCAUUUGGAUGAAAUUUUACCAAGAUUGAAACAAACAGAACACAACUCUUUGGAAAUUCAACAACACUAUAACCUCAUGGAGAAAAUAAUUAAAUCAAAAGUAUUGAUGAAAUAUAUAUUCUCAUUUACAAAGAGAUGUAAUAACUUUUUAUGUAAUCAUCAGUAUGACCAACUGUGCAAGGUCAAGCAAUUGAUCAAAGAUAAGAGAUAUGCAUUGUUAAAGGACAGAUUAGAGAGUAAACAUCAAUGCUACAUCAAGUACUCGACGAUACUGUAUGCUUGUGAGCACCUGACAGACGUCACUGUGUUUCAAAGAUUGUUUGAACGAUUUCAACCAAUGUUUGUCGGUAUUAAAGAAUUGAUGAUUGCAGCUAGUAAUAGUGGAAACAUUAAAGUAUUUAAAAUAUUGGAGCAACACUCACAGACAACAAUACUAUCUAAAUUGAACAACCCAGGUCACAACACACCAUCAUGGAAAAAGGAAGAGUUGGUACUACUGAUUAGACGUCUAAUCAAUCACAGACACUUGGAGAUGGCUCAAUACCUAUUACAACAACAUGGUCGAAAGAUAUUGGGAAUCAAAAAGCCAGACAACAUGGUCUACUCUGAUCAUUCAGACAUUAUCAAAAAGUUUGCUACCACUAUCACUGCCAACACUUGGAAACAUGACUUUGUCUACAACUAUUUCAUCGGUCUAUUAUAUCAUCAACAACAUUUAGAACAACUUGACAUUAACAAUUGGAAAUUUAAAAAUAAUCAAUUCAAUCAAUUAUUAUUUACACUAUCAACUUUAAAAUCAAAUUAUCAUCUUUAUAUAAUUAAUCAUUUAUUUGAUCAAAAUGAUAUAAAUCUAUUAUCACCAAUAAUAAUCAUUAAAAUAUUAAAUGUUCUACUUCAACAACAACAACAAAAUAAUAAUAAUAAUAACUGUAAUAUUAAUAAUAACUUAAAUAAUUGUUACUUUAUUUUAAUAUUGGAGAUGAUGGAAAAAAUAUAUUCAAAGGAAUUAUUAAAACCUUCAAGAUUACAAGAGGUGAUUGAUAAGUUAAAAAGUCAAAAGGAUAAGAUUAUAGAUAGAAUCAUAACUAGUGACAAUGUUGAAGAGAUGGAACAAUACCUUGGACAAGAUAGCAAGACUGUUGAUUUAUUCAAAUUCCUAAACAAGAAUCAGUUUUCCAAACUACCAUUAAAACAAUUCAAGAGACAAUUGGAAUCAAAGUUGGCAUUGGUACAAAAGGAUUCAGAUCAACAACAACAUUCACAGAAUCUACAUAAACAAGCAAUGGAAUUAUUUCAUUAUCUGUUGGUUGAAACGAGGGUUCAGUCGGAAAAGAUCAAAUAUUUUAUUGAUAAUUUUCCAUGUCUAUUAGAGACGGUACCAAAAUUGAUCAAAACAAAGACAAAUACAUGGAUUGAUGAUUUGGAUAUUGUUAAAUCAAUCUAUCAAUAUUGGGAACAAAACAAGUGUACAGACAAAUUUCAAAUCAAUACAAACAAUCUUUACGUAUUGGAAUUUAUGAUUAAUCAAGAGUUGUUGGGAAGAGGUGUAGCUCCAUCUUCUUCAAUCCCCUAUAAUUUGAUAAUCAAAUGUUUUCAAAUGGCAAUUAAACUUGGUGAUUUAGAAUUUAUUAAAAAGGAUUUUCAACCUCCAAAUAUUAAUUUAAAAUUAUCAACUUCUUCAACCAAUUCAACCUCUUCAAAUAUAUCCUCUUCUUCCUCCUCAUCUUCAUCUACUUCUUCAUCUUCUUCAUUUAUGAAAUACAUUUUAGAUCAAUCAAAUAUAAUUCAACAAUUAUUUAUUUAUAGUUGUAUUUGGUCACCAAAUGUAUCGAUUAUUUAUUAUUUUAAUCAAUUUGUACAUUUUAAAAAAGAUGAAGAGUCUCCUAAACUACUCUUUGAAUCAAUUGGAAGACAUGGAGAAUUGGAAAGAUUUGAAAUGGUGUAUCAACACUUUCAAGAUCUCAUCGUACAUGGACGUGCCAAUUUGACCAAAAUACUCAAACAAGCAACACUUGCCAACAAUCUAGAGUUGAUUCAAUACAUUUUCCGUCAACCGUGGCUUGAUCAACAUGCAAUGCCACCGACAAUGAUUGAAAUUGUUGGAUACAACAAACAUUGUCAUCGACAAAUACUAGAGUGGUGUGCCAGCGAGUUUACCAUUGAAUGGAAAACAAAAGCACAAGAAAUAUUCUAUCAACAUUUACAAACUGGUACUCUAGAGUCGUUGGAUUUCAUCUUUUCAACCAUCUCUUAUGAAUCCAACAAAUCUUCAUUCGACGCAAUCUUUAAUUCCUACCUAUCACUCAUUCAAUCAAAUAAUAGAUUAGAUAUUUAUUCAUAUCUAACAAAUAUUAAAAAAGUUAAUAUAAUAAGUAAAAAUAAAUUAAAAUUAAGUAAAUAG